CUACAGCGCAUGCGUGGAACAAAACUCGUCCAGUCUCCAUCUUGCUCUAACGUUAGUGUUCUUUUUGAACCGUUACCAAUAGUCAGACAAAUGACUAUUGUCAACGGAUCCUGCCUCGGUCGGGAAUUUAUCAGUUUCUGUUAGUCACAUGCACAUUGUGCCGUUUCGUUAGGUGCUCGGGUUUGGACGUGAGGGAAAAAAGUGCUUGCUGGGUGGCAACGUAGCCAGCCUGCAGAUUGACUCGCUAGCCACCCGAACUCUAGCGACAGCUCAAAUGGGUCGAUCACGAAGUCGCAGUUCGUCCCGUUCAAAGCACUCCAAAGGCAGCAAACACGGCAAAAAGCGGAGCCGCUCGCGGUCUCGGUCCCGGGACAAAGACCGGAAAAGACGUUCGAAAUCGCGAGAGUCGAAGAGGAACCGGAGGAGAGAGUCGCGAUCGCGCUCCCGAUCAAACACGGCGACGGCCCGGCGGGAGAGGGCUGCCUCGCCGCCGGAAAGAAUCGACAUUUUUGGAAGAACUUUAAGCAAAAGGAGCGUCAUUGAUGAAAAACAGAAAAAAGAAGAGGAGGAGAAAAAAGCAGAAAUGGAGAGGCAGAGGAAAAUUCGUCAGCAGGAGAUCGAGGAGCGCCUGAUCGAAGAGGAGACGGCACGGCGUGUGGAGGAGCUGGUGGCCAAGCGGGUGGAGGAGGAGCUGGAGAAGAGGAAAGAUGAGAUUGAGCGGGAGGUGCUGCGGCGUGUGGAGGAGGCCAAGCGCAUCAUGGAGAAGCAACUCCUCGAGGAACUGGAGAGGCAGCGACAGGCUGAGCUGGCCGCCCAGAAAGCCCGCGAGGAGGAAGAGAGAUCGAAACGUGAGGAGCUGGAGAAGAUUCUGCUGGAGAACAACCGGAAGAUUGCAGACGCUCAGGCCAAACUGGCCGAGGAGCAGCUCCGGAUUGUCGAGGAGCAGCGAAAGAUCCACGAGGAGCGCAUGAAGCUUGAGCAGGAGCGUCAGCGACAGCAGAAGGAGGAGCAGAAGAUCAUCCUUGGCAAGGGCAAGUCACGGCCCAAGCUGUCUUUCUCCCUCAAAGCAGCAGAGUGAUGCAACGUGAUGCACUGGCCUGGAAGCCCCCCACCCAGACAUCCCCAUCCCCCCCUAUCUCCACAGCCCAGACUUUAAACCUCCCCUCCCCUUUCCCCAGCUCUCGAGAGACAUCUCCGCGGGCACCAGCCAUCCGGUGCGGACAUAGCACGCUGAGUCCCGAGUGUUUUCAUUCCGUCAUUAGCAAGAAGAAGCCUCGUCCUGACUGUCACAGAGGAAGCACUCACCUACCUCCUCCCACAGCUCCUGAGGACCUGUCUGAGAGAUGUGGAAAGAACUGCAUGGAGAAGAAAAACCAAGAAAAGAUUCCUGGAUGGGGCACUCCUAGGUUCUGCAUAUGUGUGUUUGUGUUCGCGAGUGGCCAACCCACUUUUACCCAUUUGUAAAUGUUUGCUUCGUGGUUUUAGACGGGCAAAUUUUCUGAACUGAUAUGCUAUUAUUUUCUGAAUUCAUGGAUUAAACAGAUCGGUGUGGUGCUUGACCCACCAAACCCUUGAGAUAAGCCUCUACCAGAUCUACACAAUAGUACAUGGAAAAUAAGCGCCUGUUUUCAUAUUGUCUCAGAGUAAGUAGUCAUGUUUUUAUGGAGCCCCCCGUAAAACCUCUGUCGGGCAUAAAGGUGUUAAAAUCUAAUUCGAAUCAAGCUGUUUUUCCUGACUCUGAAUCUGAUGUGGGAAUGUUUCCUAAUUGGGUCAACUUGGUUUGAAUUUAUUCCAGGCACCUAGAAAUAAUUUGACAGUAGUGAAUUCUCCUAUAUGUUGCUUACAUUGUGAUGUAGAUUGGGGUAACUCAAAGCUAACUGAAGAAAAUAACUUCUUUUGAUUUUUAAACAAAGCAAUUACAAUGUACCUCACACUCUUACUCUGAGAUCCUGUUGGAACUGCAGGGCAAAUGGGUGCUGUUUGAAAUUCUUUUUCAAAUUAACGUUACAUGUGUGUCAGGUCUGUUAUCUCCCAAUUUAUUUUAAUACAUACCAACAGUUAGGAUGUGUGUAACACUCUGCGUGUUUGUUUUUAGUUUAUUUACACAUGGUUGCACAGCCACAAUUAAAGGAAUAGUUUGAACAAAAUCAUAUUUUUGCUGUGAUUGUUUUUAGUUUGUAUGGUUGAUCCUCCAGUUCAUGUGUAUUGUAUAAAUCCCAUUCAUUUCUCCUGUUAGGGGAGUUUAAUUGUUAGUGUUGCUAAUCAGUAGUCUAAUAGAGGUUUACUGACUGUAAAAAUGAACAGAACAGCACCAUGCUAAAACCGUGACAUUAUGCUCCCUUGGUUAACUGAGAUAGCACCUUCUCCAGUACAUAAUUUGGAAUCGGAGGAAGUAUACAAAUGUAAAUAUGAACUGUCCCUGAUAUUAUAUUAAAUAUUCUUUAUGUAAUAAUCUUAUUACCAGUUUAAGAUCAUAUUUGAUUUGGAACAUAUAUAGUGUAUGUUUAGUGCUUCUCACUCUCAAUAUGCUACCAAUUUUUGUGUAUACAUACGGACACAAGUGUGUGGGUGUUGUGUGUGAAAAUUUCAAUGCAUUCGAGGAGUCGCUGUAUAAAACAGGACAAUCAGUGAAAAUGUGAUAGUGAUUUUAAACUAUUCCUUUUAAUACAUGCCUUUAAUAGAGGCUGGGGUUUGCAAAUGCGUAUGAAUAAAACUCAACAGACUGAACGUGGUCCGUCAGGCAAUGUGCCAUGAACACAGUCAGAUCCUAGGUCUUGCAAAUGGGGCUUGUAGUACAAAAUUACAUCGUGGUACAUUUGUGAAGGAUAUGUAAUUAUUCUCCAAUAAAUCCAUGAAUGUCUCCAC